AGGUGUAUCCUCCAACGAUCUUGUCAUCAUCAUCCACAGGGAAAGCAACUUGAAUAAAGACAAGAAGACCAAUGAGAAGACAAUUCAUCAAAGUGCUGGAAAGUGGAGCCCUCAGCUUUCAGCAUCCUUUCAAGAAUCAGCUGUCCUCCCUCCCACCUUCCCUGAGAAGAAAACUUUUCUAGACACCUGAAAUCCAAAAAGAAGUGAUAGGAGAAGGAAAAUACAGCUGUGUUUGUUCAGAAAAUAUCAAUGAUAUCCCACCCCCACCUUGAGAGGCAGAGUUCUCCCUCCUUGAGGAUAUAAAGGUCUGCUCCCCUCAGUGUUCAUUACCUUCUUCCACCAUGAAUGCAUUCCUGAUCCUGGCCCUGGUGGGAGCUGCUGUUGCCUUCCCCGUGGAUGAUGAUGACAAGAUCGUUGGAGGAUACACCUGCCAAGAGAAUUCUGUUCCCUACCAGGUGUCCCUGAACUCUGGCUACCACUUCUGUGGAGGCUCCCUCAUCAAUGACCAGUGGGUGGUGUCUGCAGCUCACUGCUACAAAACCCGCAUCCAAGUGAGAUUGGGGGAGCACAACAUCAACGUCCUGGAGGGCAAUGAGCAGUUUGUCAAUGCUGCCAAGAUCAUCAAGCACCCCAACUUCAAUAGGAAGACACUGAACAACGACAUCAUGUUGAUCAAGCUCUCUUCCCCUGUGACCCUCAAUGCCAGAGUGGCCACUGUGGCUCUGCCCAGCUCCUGUGCACCUGCUGGCACUCAGUGUCUCAUCUCUGGCUGGGGCAACACUCUUAGCUUUGGUGUCAGUGAACCAGACCUGCUCCAGUGCCUGGAUGCCCCACUGCUGCCUCAGGCUGACUGUGAAGCCUCCUAUCCUGGGAAGAUCACUGGUAACAUGGUCUGUGCUGGCUUCCUAGAGGGAGGCAAGGAUUCCUGCCAGGGUGACUCCGGUGGCCCUGUGGUCUGCAAUGGAGAGCUCCAGGGUAUAGUCUCCUGGGGCUAUGGCUGUGCCCUGCCAGACAAUCCUGGUGUGUACACCAAGGUCUGCAACUAUGUGGACUGGAUUCAGGACACAAUUGCUGCCAACUAGAAAUUCCCAUUCCCUCUGCAGUCACCAUACCAAUAAAGUGAAAUUUUCUUCAGCA